AUGAAAACGUGUCCAUCGAUCAAGUGUCCUUACCGACCUCCGAUUUGCAUCACGGUAACAGGACAUGACGGCUGUCAGCAGUGCGCUUGUGAGAUCCCGGACGAAGUGUUCAGCUUAGAGGAAUACGUGGAAACAACCACUGGUCAAGCAGGCACGACCCCGCCUCUGCCUGAGUCAUACACGAUUUUGGAGGCGGCCCCAUCGGAGACGUCUACGGAGGUGUUUCGCACCGGAUCUGAAAAACUGCAGUUAAUGACGAAAAGCCAAAGCGACAAAGUCCAGCGAAAGUCAGCGGAUAAACACAAGCCGAUCGCGGUUCUGUCGCUAUCGGCUGAGACCAAAAUGGUUGACACGAUGAUAAACUUGAGGAAAAACGAAUGUACAAAAGAAGACAAGGCAAUAAUUGACAAAAAUUUCCGAACCUUGCACGAGUUCAUUAUGGAGCGAGCCGGCGAGAGUGACAUAUUUCCGAUUGUUUAUUCACUGGAUGACGGGACGCUGGCCGCUAAGUGCUACAAUUACAAGGUGGCAAAUGUUAACACGCCCCUCAGCGCCAGGCGCCGCUGCUUCAAACGCUAUCGUAUAUACGACGACGUCUAUUACACGCUGGCAUACCCGUGCCGCAAGGCCACCAAGGAAGAUUUCUUCGAACACUUCAACUGCCUCCGCGAGGUGUUCCUUACGCCCGAGUAUAAGAGCUGCUUACCACAGGGAUUUCCACGAAUCAUCAAAGCUCAAAAUCUGUGCAAGAUGUUCAACGAAAUCCUGCAGUGCUCCAGUAACGUCAUCAAUGAAAACUGUGGCUUGAACGCGUUGGAGAUCCAAUACCAGUACUUGUCGAUUGUAGUGAAGAAAAUCCGGCCAAACUGUCAUCUGAAAAGAGUAGAUCUAUUAAAAAUUUUCCGAUGA